GGGGAAGAAGGAGGUAGGCUGAUUUUGGAAUCAGGAAUUUGGGUUCUGGAGAGUUGAGUGCCUCUCGAAGUGCCUCAUUUGUAUCGUCUUCGUUGUUUCUGCCUUUUACCGCAAUAUUACUGUUCAAUUUACUGUUACAGAAUUGGAGAUUCUAUCAUUGGUAUCAGAGCAUCGUUCUGGUGACCUGAUUUCUCGUUGCAUCAUCAGAAAUUUUUCGUUCUAAGCUGUGACUGUUUCGGACAAGAGCCAAGAUGGAACGGCGAUUGGAGGCUGUUGAACGCAGUUAUGCAAAUGGGAAAGAAACAUUGCUGCGAAUGGAAGCAAGGAUGGAAGAGAUGUGGAAUAAGAUGGACGAGUCUAUGGACAGUUCCCGUCAGUUUUGUCGCAAGCGACCUAGAGAUCGAUCGCGGACAGACAGGAGCCGUCGAUCAUCGGAAACGAAGCACUCAGCACCGGAAAAGAAGUCGCGAACGAUUUCUUCUGGUUCGCAGUCGCGACCGAUUUCUUCGGUUCGCAGUCGCGAAUGAAUACCCCAUGUUCGCAGACUUCAUCGCGCGUAGCAGCUUCUAGCUCGCAAUCGCAAUUCGUUUCUCACAGUAGUUCGCAGAAAUCAUCACAGCCAGCAUCUUCCUUUAUUUCUCCUAGUUCACAGAUACGAACUACCUCUCUCAGUUCGCAUCUCAUUCCGAAGGCAUUUUCAUCUGCUAUUCACUCGCGUCAGAAUGCAACUCUAUCCAGAGAGAAAUCUGAUUGUGCGCAAAUUUUGUCUCAGGUCUCUUCUAAAUCGCUGACAGCAUCUCACAGUUCAUCAACUCUAGCCUUUUCUCACACUUCGCAGUCACUAACGACUUCUUUCAGUUCACCAUCGCAAACUGAUACAUCGCAUCCUCCGGAUUAUGUGAGUCUACGGCCACUUCCUUAUGACGAAAUGAAUUCGAAGCAAUUUGACAAAAAUACAUCUAAGCUCAACGAAAGUGAAGAUGGACGCCAGGAACAAUCAUCUGUUGUUCAGGUUCAUAUUCCUGAAAUUCGUUCUGUUGCAGGGAUGAUAAGAAAAUUUCCUAGUUCUUUCGCUUCUCUUACUCUCGUACAUAUGGAUGGAAAACGCAAGGACAAUAGGAAACUAAAUCAGGUAAUAAAUGAGAGCAGUAAAUUCUUGUUCACCAAAGUCAUUCCUGGAAAAUACAGUUGUAAAGUUAGGAAUUCUUUAGGAGUGCUUUCUGAGGAAGACAGAUGGUAUGGGGAUAAAUAUUUGGCCUACUUUGGACAUUCAGUUCAAAAGAACAUAAGGGAUGCUAAUGAACAUAAGAUUGUCAUGCUUCUAUCCUUAAACUUCUCAUAUAUGGGACUGAAAGGGGCUGAUAAUUUUACUUUUGGUAGCAGUGUUGAAGAAAAGGUUGAUGAAAUAAAAGAGAUCGGUGUUGUUGACAAUUUUAAGAACCAUGGUGAUGUUAUUGGCUUUGAUUCAGGAUACCAAUGGGGUGGAACCAAUGUGAAUCUGGACGAUACUAUCCAGGUUGCUGUAUUGAAUGUCCCCAAGUACCUUGUUUCACCCACCAACUCGUGGCUUGCCACUUUGACAGGAGGGCAUGAACUGAACUUUCAGAGAUCAGUUUUAUCCAGUGAAGGAGCAGUUCAGGGAGUGGGGUAUACCCAUGCCAAAGCAUUAUCAAGGUUUUGUAAAGCUAUUUUUCAGGGCGAGACAAGGUCAAGGGAAUUGCUUGGAGAAAUAUGUGCACAAGGAGCGGGUUUUGGGGGAAAUUACCCAAAGGCAGUAGGGUCAGCUUAUGAUAAUAAGGAUUACUCUUACAUGAAGGGUUAUAGGGUGAAGAAUGACUAUAUCCUGGAAAAAGAGAAUUUUGAUAAAGGUGUUGAAUAUGAUGAGUCUGUGUGGUUCUACAACUUUAGGGCUAUCGUAUCUGUUGUGAAGAGCUUGGAAAGCAUUAGUACUAGUGCAGUUACAACAGCUCUAGACUCUUCCACUAACUUUUUUAGUGUUGCUAUUGGAAACGAAUCUGUCCAAGUUCCCUAUGACAUGCUUAGCAGCAACUCUGGCUCUCAGAAAGCAAGAUUGCAUUUGCUCAUUGAACCCAACGCUGAAGUUUCCCUUUUCCCAAGUGGUGCUUGGUAUCAAUGCACCGCUAUCUUUUCGCUUGUCAGUUCCCCAGUAUGCAUCUGGCAGUCCAUGGCAUCAGGAUCCAAAUGGGUUAUGGGACUUGAAAGCUGCCAGGUUGUUCUGUUUGAUAUUGGUUCACCCUCAGUUUUGUUUCUAAUGUACAGUCCCUCUAGCUCAAGAUUUCUGGUCUUAUCUACUAUGGCAUCUAUGGGUCUUCCUCAAAGCACUGUGAAACUAGAAGGUGGAAUCUCAUAUGAAAGUGAGGAAGAACUUUCUUGGUGCUUAACCAAAGGCGGACACAUUAUUUUAAUGACUAACAGCAUUGGCAGUUUAACCAAUUCGCAGCCAGCACAUCCAGAAAAAGAUAUUGAAAGAAAAGAUCAAACAGAACCAUCUGAUCAUGAGGAACAAAACAAUUACAAUGAUCCCGAAAAUCAGUGUGUUUCUCAGUCAAGCAAUCUCAUGAUUCCGCCAUCAGUUAGCUACUGGGAAGGAAGAGGUGCUCGGAUGAAGAUGAAGUUGAAGAUCAAGGCUUUGUCCUAUCACCCACCUUGAGGACAAGGUGGUUUUUCAAGGGGGGAGAUAUGAUAGGGCCCUGGGCUGUAGAGAAUAAUGAUGAUGAUGAUGAUGAUGAUGAUGAUGAUGAUGAUGAUGACGAUGACGAUGACGAUGACGAUGACGAUGACGAUGACGAUGACGAUGACGAUGACGAUGACGAUGACGAUGACGAUGACGAUGACGAUGACGAUGACGAUGACGAUGACGAUGACGAUGACGAUGACGAUGACGAUGACGAUGACGAUGACGAUGACGAUGACGAUGACGAUGACGAUGACGAUGACGAUGACGAUGACGAUGACGAUGACGAUGACGAUGACGAUGACGAUGACGAUGACGAUGACGAUGACGAUGACGAUGACGAUGACGAUGACGAUGACGAUGACGAUGACGAUGACGAUGACGAUGACGAUGACGAUGACGAUGACGAUGAUGAUGAUGAUGAUGAUGAUGAUGAUAGUGAUAGAUUGAUAUUAAAUAAGUAUGGUAUUGUAUAAACAAGUAUUCUGGGCCAUGUCAUAUAACAUGGGUUGGGCCGUUAGAAUAGAAAUGCUAUAAGAGAGGGAAGGAGGGGAAGGAGGUAGGCUGAUUUUGGAAUCGGGAAUUUGGGUUCUGGAGAGUUGAGUGCCUCUCGAAGUGCCUCAUUUGUAUCGUCUUCGUUGUUUACUGUUACAGAAUUGGAGAUUCUAUCAUUAUUUACCUGCUCUGAUGAAAAACUUUGAAGCACCUGUAUCAAUAGGCAGAGAAAAAACAAAGUUUGUUAGGAGAGCAUUAAAUUAAAUGCAUAGGCCAUUGUGACUAAUUAAUUAUGUGUUUUAAAAUAAUUUAUUUUUUUCGACAGAGAGCAGAAUUGAAGGAAAAUAAGGAAAAAAAGAAAUGAAGGAAAAGAAUAAAGGGAAUAAUGGAUCUUUACGUGUGGCACAAAAUCGCUGCAAUAUAUGGUGUAGGCCGUGUAGCUAAUCAUGGAUUCAAGUCCAAGAACCCUACAUACAAAGAGGUUUGGCACACUGCCUCACUAUAUCACUUGGUUCACACAUCAACUCUGGUUGCUUCUCCUAUUACCAAACGACCCUACAUUUUUGGAGGGCUUUUGACAACCGAAAUUGUUGCAUUUUUUGGGAUGUGUUACACAGGAGAGGAAGUAUUCUAAGCUAGCACCAUUAGGAGGUUUCACAUUUAUUGCUGCAUGGGCCAGUUUGUUGUUUUAGAAUUUCCUUUCUGUUCCUUUCCUAUGUAAUACCAG